AUGGAACAUCAAGGAUUUAUUUAUGAUAAUAACGGAAAAAGUAAAGGAAUUACCUAUUAUAAAUGUGCCAAAUCCAACAAUUUCUUUUGCCCCGGCACAGCAAAGAAGAAUGUGGAUGGUUCAAUUGUGGAAUUAAAAGCACAUACUACCCAUGGAAGAUCCAAUAAUGAUAAUCAGAACUUGGUAAAAAUAUUCAGAAAUAAAUUGAAGGAACGAGCUAUGAACGAAAAUAUUUCUUUAAAAUCAAUAUACGAUGAUGAAUCUGAAAGACACCCUAUUGCUGCUGCAUUGUAUCCAUGGCCAACUGCUGACAGUACCAUGCGUACCUUUAGAAGGAAUUCGUUACCAAGUCUUCCACAGUCACUGCAAGAGUUGGCUAACAAAUUUGAAAAUGGUGAACUACACAGGUUUCAGUGCUGCAAUUCAGAUAUUUUUCAGGGCUGUGUCACCGAUAGUGAUGGAAAACAAAACUUAAUAUUAGCCUGCCGGCAGCUCAUACAAAUAGUAUUGGAAAAUAAUAUAAUAGAGGUCCAUGCUGAUGCUACCUUUAAAGUUGUACCGGUGAACAUGGGUAAUCAGCUUCUUAGCAUCCAUUGUAUGAUUGGAAAUUUCUCUAUUCCAAUAGCAUAUGCUUUAAUGGAAGCCAAAUCCAGAAAUUCAUAUCAAUGUGUUAUUAGUUUUAUGAAGACUAAUUUGUUUCCACAACUUGUACCGGAAACAAUCAUAACUGAUUAUGAGAUUGCAUUAAGAGAUACAUUAUUAUCUCUGGGUACUGAAAAUACAAGAGUUGUAGGAUGCUGGUUUCAUCACAACCAGGCUGUUUGGAAAAAAAUGAAAGCUAUGAACCAUCUACAUACUAUAAAUAGUAAUGAUCAUGCAUUAAAAUGCCUUAAAAUGUUAAUGUGCUUACCACUUUUGCCAGCUGACAAAAUGGAACAAGGAUUUCAACUUAUUAAAUUAUUUGCUACUAAUCAUAAUGUGCAAAUGAAUGAUUUUUUUAACUACUACCAAAGAUAUUGGUUGCGGAGCGUUGGAACAAACAUAGUGUCGGUAAAUGGGUUGCCAAGAAGGACAAACAAUAAUGUAGAGAGUUUUCACAAUUCAUUAAGAUGUACAUUUUCUGUUACACACCCAAAUCUAUGGGUUUUUCUUGGUGAAUUGUGUAAGCUUAACAAAAAUUACCAUAGAGCGCAUUCGCAGUUGGCUAAUGGUCUCCAGCCAACCAGAAAUUUAAAGUCCAAGUAUUUAAUAAAUUCAAGACGAAUAAAGAUAGCAUCCGAACAACUUGAUGCUGGUGUUAUAAGUGUCUGGAACUUUUUAGUAAAAUGCACAUAUGCUUGUUCGUCUUAUGAACAAAGGCAGCGAUUAUGGGCUCUUGGAAUGGGUGAUCAGAAUCAGCCAGAUGGUGACAAUAUUGUGAAUGAUGUUAAUGAAAUUGAUGAAAAUGCUGAAGAAGUUGUUGAGGAGGAGACUGCUCAACAUGCUGUAAAUGGAACACCGUGUAUGAUUUGUUUGGUGACUAUGCCUGGGGAAAAUACCAGUCAAUUUAUAGUGAUACCAUGUGGCCAUGCUUGGGUUUGUGGAAUUUGUAAGGACAGGUUAAAUAAUGAAUACCUUAUACGCUGUCCAAUGUGCCGGGCUGAUGUUGAAAGAUUUCAGAGAAUUUUUAUUAAUUAA